CUAUCCUUUCCUUGAAAAAAAAUGUUGUGGCUAUCCUUUAUGCACUGUCCCUCUCUUCCCGAAGGUUGCCUCCUUCAGCAAGAGAAUUCCAACCAGAACGAUUCACCGGACAUGGCUAAGAACUACUAUGCUAGCUUCUUCCUGUUCUUUACAGUACUGAUUUCCAUCAUGCCCAAAUCUUACCAACAGUCUACAGACCAAUAUAGUGAUGAACACCAAAUCCUCCUGGGACUCGAGAGAUAUUGGGGAAGCUCGCCUGUGCUUGGGAGAUGGAACUCCACUUCUUCUGAUUACUGCAGCUGGGGAGGAGUUACAUGUAUGAACGGUAUGGUCACUGCUAUCUCCCUUGCAAACCAAAACUUCAGCAAAUCAAUCCCUACCUCUCUUUGCCUCCUAAAGAACCUUAACUACUUGGAUCUCUCCUACAACAAUUUCUCCACUUCAUUCCCCACCAUACUCUACAACUGCUCCAAACUGAUGUACCUGGACCUUUCCAACAAUGUUUUUGCUGGUCACCUUCCAGCUGACAUAAACAGUUUAUCAGCCAGUUUAUCAACUAAUCAUAUCACCGGCAGAAUUCCAACAUCAAUUGGAUGGUUUCCAAGGCUCAAGUCACUGCAGCUCGACGCCAAUCAGUUUGAUGGAAGUAACCCAUCAAAAGGCAUAAGCAAUUUGACCAACCUCGAGGUACUGACACUAGCUGAAAAUCCAUUUCGACCAGCUCCAGUGCCAGUGGAGUUUGGCAAGUUGACACGUCUCACAUACUUGUGGCUGUCGGGUAUGAACAUGACAGGCGAGAUCCCUGAGAGCCUGUCAAGCCUCACAGAGCUCACCCUCUUGAGCAUGUCAAACAAUAAGCUGAAUGGCACAAUUCUGACAUGGAUCUGGCAGCAUAAGAAGCUUCAGUACUUGUAAAUAUAUGAUAACAAUUUUACCGGUGAGAUUGCACCUAGUGUCACUGCCUUGAACCUCAUGGAGCUUGAUGUGUCCUCAAACAAACUAACAGGGGCAAUACCGGAUGACUUUGGUAAGCUUGUCAAUCUUACCAUGUUGUUCCUCUACAAGAACCAGCUCCAUGGAUCAAUACCGCCAAGCAUUGGUUUGCUGCCGAAUCUCAUCGACAUCCGGCUGUUUGAUAACUUGCUGUCUGGUUCACUUCUACCAGAACUUGGUAAGCACUCAGCAUUGGGAAAUAUUGAGGUCCCUAAUAAUAACCUCUCAGGCGAACUGCCAGACUAUCUCUGCUCCAACAGGAAGUUAUAUGACAUUGUUGUGUUCAAUAACAGAUUUUCUGGAAAGCUUCCAAAGUCGUUAGACGGCUGCUAUCUGUUGGAAAAUUUAAUGUUGUACAAUAAUAUUUUCACUGGAGAGUUCCCCAAAA